UGGCGCCACGUUUAGGUUCAACUCAGCAAAAGCUGACAGAACCAUUCAGUCGCUCCAUAAGCGUUGGAAGGUGUAGUCGUUUUCGUGGUUAACUCUUCGUCCACGUGACUAACGAAACCGAAAGUGCACCCUCAGGAGUCGAUUCGAUAUUGUUUUAACGUGUUUGUGCCAGCCACCGGCCUAUUAUGAAUAACGUGUUUAAACAAAUCAAACGCAGUUUUGCUGUCUUUUCAGCGCUUUUUAUCACAGUUGUGUCGUCGAAGAUUCGCGGCCACCAAGGCUGUGGACCCGAACAUCUAGUACAUUGUGCUGAACACCUUACAGUAUUAACGGACUCUGGACUGACUUUUGCCACCAAUAAAUCUGAUCUUGAUAGAAUGUGCCCGGACCUCCGCGACGCCGUUAGAUGCAUCCAUGGUUACUCAAGACAUUGCAUGAGUUUGGAACAACGCGAACACUUCAAGACCCUGUUCCAUGGCACCGUCCUCAUGGUCGAAAACCUCUGCAGAAACGAAACCUAUCAAGAGGAAUACCUCAAGUAUGCGCCGUGUAUGAAACAGGUGGAGAAGCAGAACGAAGUGUGUCUGAAAACUUACACCGAUGAGAUGAAGGAAAUUGAAUCCAGGACGCAACAGGAAACCACAGCAGACCCAGACUUGGUCACUUACCAAAAAAGGAAAAGGGAGGUCGCCGACGAAGGCAUCAGGAGCGUCUGCUGUUCGUUUCAACGAUACGUGGAGUGCUCAACUCACACGAUGAGGCGAGCCUGCGGUGAGGAUGCCGCCCGUUUCAGCAAGGACUUCCUCGACAAGAUGUCCUCCUCUCUAAUUCGGAUGCACUGUUCAGAAUAUGGGAGGAGGGAGUGUGGACUGGCUUCUGCGGGAGAAAAACUUUCGCAAGUUUCUUCGUUAGUUUUAGCAUUAUUAGGAAUUUUAGCGUAUUUUGUGAGUUAAGUUGUGUGAAAAUUAUUUAUUUGGUGUGGUAUACAAGUGGAAUGAGCAUUUAGUCUAUUUAAGUAAUUUAAAUUUUGUUCACUUGGAGCGUUUUAGUCCUCGAUGUGUAAACAGUCAAUAAUGCUGUCUAGGCUAUGGUAGAUGUAGAAUAUAAUAAAAGACUGAUCACAUAGAAAUAGAUGGCUGUUUUUCAUCAAAGGCUAAAGCGCUGCGAAUUACGAAAAACUCGAAUGUUUUUUCAUUUUCCCGUUGCUCAUAUAUUUGUUUUGUAUACGUAAUAACAUCAAAAUUUCUUGUUGCUAAAGAGUGAAGACUCUUAAAAUAUUGUACAUAAAAAUCAAUCAGAAAAUUCGAAAAUCUCAUUUAUUGUAAGACAUACCUAGUGAAAGUACCUAAUUAGAAGCAUAUCUAGUCUUUCAUAUCACUACUACUUGUGAUUUGUAAUUAAAAUCGUAAUUGAUUUUUACUACUAGGCUGCACUUGUUUGGUUUUAAAUACAAUUUUUUCCAGUGAAUCAUCGUUCAUUCCCCAAAUGGUUCGUUUCUACUGUUAAUUUAUUUUUUAUUUUACACCGUCCAUUUGAAAUAAUGUGAAAAUAUUUAAAUGUAGAAGUAUUAUCUUGUUGAACUAAAAUAUUUAUUAAUUAAAAUCUCAAAAACGAAAUUAUAUAGAAGUCAAAGCCCUGAAAUGUGAGAUUAUUAAAACGAAAGUCCAGAAUUACUCCUUGUUUAAAUAUGUAUGUUAUUUUUUUCUAAGUAAAACAAAUAAUUAACUCCACUUUUUCUCGGCUUUGAUUUAGUAUAUAAAAUCUGUUACUUACUCUGAUGUCUAUUUUAAAUUGUUCCAAGAAAAAUAAAAAUUCUUAAUAAAAUGUUUUAUAAUGA